GGAUCAGUGCGCAUAGAAGCCGCGCGCUGCUGAAGAAUGGCAGAGCGCUAAAUUAGCCCGAGUUUGGUGAAAAUAUCUCAGAGGGACCGCGCAGUUAUCUGGCGAAAGGAACUUUCUCCUGUUACAAGGGCAUCGGCCUCGCUCUCCAGCUGCCAGCAUGAUGAAAGACUGCCUGCAGUUUCUAAUCGAGCCGGCCAAAAAGCUCAAGAUCAGACUAAAGGAGUCUCGUAAGAAAGUGAAACAUGAGAAGAAGGAGCCCCUGGUGGAAAGUCAGUUGUUUAUUAUGGAGCUUGCCCGAGAGCUUAACAGAAUUUGCCAGAGAUCAAACAUCCUCGAACACAUCUGGACCUGCGAGGACGUCUGGCCAGCCAGUGUAUGUCGUGACUUCAUUGUGGACUGGGCUGCCGUGCUGGAGACAAGAGUACCGCACAAGAUCAUGCCAUCUGAAUACCAGUAUGAGAAGCCAGAGAAGAGGGACUGGAAGGGACACCUUCUUUGCAUGCUGGAGUCGGGGGGCGAGUAUGAUAUGGGCCCCCACAAAAGGGUCAUCAUGGACUGGACGCGGGAGAUUAAAUGCAGGGCUAAGCCCUCCAUGUGGCCAGGAGAGCCUGUGAUCAUGAUGCUGGAUGACCUGGAGUUCCAGUGGAGGAGGGGCCGCCUGCCCAACUUGCUUCCAGCCGUGGAGCUCAUCAUGCUGACCGUGCUGAAUGCCGACAGCCCCAUAAAGGACGACGUGACCAAGCAGUGGCUGGUGAAAAAGCAGAGGAGUCAGAGGAUCGAUGCUGUGCGUUACAUACCACACAGUGUGUGGAACUGGAUUUGUGAUGCGACAGAGGACGUCAUCCUGGACUCAGAAACCGCUAACCCGGACCUGUCCAUCUCCAGCGAUGAGAAACGCAUGCGGUGCGGCCUGGAGCGCCGUGACGUUCAACAGUGCACGCGGCGCUUUGAUGGUUGGUGGUGCGCCGUGGGUCAGGAGGGCUACACGUCCGGACGCCACUACUGGGAGGUGGAGGUGGGCGAGCGGGACUGGCGGCUGGGUCUGGCUAAAGCUUCGGCUGUGAGGCAGGGCUUCCGCUCACUGAACACAGAGACGGGCUACCUGACCCUCCGCCUGGAAAGAGGCAUGGAUCUGAAAGCCCUGACGGUGCCCACGACCCCCUUACCCCAGACCCUGGUGCCCAGGAAAGUUGGUGUUUAUCUGGACUAUGAGCAAGGUCAGCUGUCCUUCUACGACGUGGAGAAGCGUUCACAUUUGUUCACCUAUAAUGAGAAUUUCACAGAGGAACUGUUCCCUGUGUUUGGGACCGUGGAGGUUGUGAAAGACCUGGUGAUCAGGUCUGCAGGUGUCAGAGAGCCGUGCCUCUGCCCCGGACCCUGCCUGUGGAACUGAUCCUGAUCUUCAACAUCCCACAGAGUCUGUGCUGUCUUUCUUGUGAACUGGAUCCUGUGUGUUGGACUCUUGCUGUGCGGUGCCUGAGAGGUCUGGAACAAGAACUACCAUUCUUCUGCAUUACACGUUCUGUUACUCUGCCUUCAUGGAAACACACAGUAUCUGAACAUUUGUAUUUUGGAGAUUAAUAUUUUAUGUGUCUGUGAAAAUAUCAGCCUUGUUUAAGUAAAUUUUUUUUAGGUUUGUUGGGAACUGAGAGAUUAAGGAAAAAAUUAUUGAGAUGUUUUUUUUUUUUAUUUUUAACAAAAGUUUUUCAUCACUUGUUAUAGCUUGAAAGUUGUAGCAUAAAAAACUCUGAAGGAAGUUUGAGCAACGACUUGUGGUCUCAGUGCAGCUACGCUGUGGCUGCGUGUUAGCCAACACUCAGCUGCAGAUAAUCUCAGACUGGGCUGACGCAUGUGAACAGCUAAUCUCUCAAACUCUUGUGUGAUGCUUUGUCUCAAGCUUCCUGCAAACGUGUCGGGCAUGAGCUUGUUUAUGCAGCUGUGCUUUGUUGUGUGUGUGUUUUUUCUCUAAAACAUAAAUAAACUGAAUAUUCUAUUUCA